AUGACGCCAGUCCCCGUCUCCGUGGACACCACGGCCGAUUUCGCUGCCCCUCCCACCAAGACAGCCCCCUCCACCAGCACGCGGACCCUCCUGUUGGCGCCCCCUUCGAUCGCCGCUCAUGAAGAGAAACUGCGAGACAUCUUUGCGACCUUCGACCGUGCUUCCACCGAUCUUCAAAUGCUCGACCGCCUGUCGGCCGGUUUCGUCUCCCUCCCCGCCGCCACAUACGACCUGGUCCUCGUGCUCACAGACACCGACAGCGCCCGCCGCGCCGAAGCUCUUCAACUCCUUUCCCGCGAUGUAUACUCCGCAUUGGUCCCGUCCAUGAAGGGAGGGGCCAAGCUCCAGCUCCAGGAUGGCACCUGGAACAGCGCAGAGGGUUUGGAGGCGAUUCUGGCUGGCCUGGUGGAGAAGGAUGGUGCAUUUGAGAAACCUGCAUACCAGGAGGCUGCUGUGCCUCUACGGCUGGGAGGGAAGAAGAAGAAGGCUCCAGCCCCGACGGAGCAACCUCCGGUCGCCACUGGGGUGGGGUUUGUGGACGGCAAUGAUGAGUUGAUCGACGAGGAUGAUCUUUUGUCCGAUGACGAUCUAAAGCGUCCAAUGCAACAACCCGCAAACUGCCAGCCGGAGAAAGCCAAGAAGCGUCGGCGCCCUUGCAAGGACUGCACGUGUGGCCUGGCCGCUGAGAUGGAGGCCGAAGACAAGGCACGCCAGGAAAAGGCCGACAAAGAUCUCAACGUUCUCAAGCUCCAGUCCACCGAUCUCAGCGAUGAGGUCGAUUUCACCGUCCAGGGCAAGACGAGCUCCUGCAACAGCUGCUCUCUCGGCGAUGCCUUCCGCUGCUCGAGUUGCCCCUACAUCGGACUGCCGCCGUUCAAGCCCGGAGAGGAGGUCAAGAUCUUGAACAACAUGGUGCAGCUGUGA